AGCGCCGCUUCCGAGUACACGGAGUGGUGCCGCGCGGCGCCGGAACAUGGAAAACCUGAAUUUGCAAUUUGUGCGCGCCACGGCGCAGGAACUGCGAGCUACACUCUGGAAAUUGUGCCUGCCUUUGGCCCAGGAGUGGAGUUAGCAAUCACCGUGGAGUCCGUCGAUGUGGGGGAUCCCGAAGAAGUCCAGGCAGUCCUGGCGGGCAGCCAGCCGUGGCGCUGCCAACGCCUGGUGGUCUGGAAGGACUUUCGCUACUGGCUGUUCGACUGCAUGCAGACUUUGACGAGCAAGCGCCGGGAGGCGGUGAGGAGAGACCUAGCAUUUCUUCUUUGCUGCGCUGGAGCUGCUGCUGCUGCUGCUGCUGCUGCAGACGUUCACCAUGUCGGGGAACAAGAUGUACGAGGCCACCGUGCAGACGGGCAACGACGAGCACGGUCAGUUGCUGCUGCGCUGCUUCUGGGGACUUCCUUAACUGCUGCUGCAGCAGGAACUGUUGGCCCAAUUGAACUCACUAUGAGCGGCAGCUACCGCCAAGCCAGCCCCAAGUUGCUGCUGCUGGGGGUCAAGCCCGGGGCGGAGGAAAGAGUGGCUUUCCGCGCUGCAGACGGUGAGGGCUUUUGCCUCACAACCCCCAACCGGCAAACAGUUCCUCCCGCUGCCGCCGCCGCCGCUGCUGCUGCUGCUGCUGCUGCUGCAGUGGGCGAGCUGGAGUCGGUGCUGCUGCACAACGGCGCGGAAGAAGACCCGUGGUUCUGCGAAAGCCUGCGGAUAGCAGCAGAGGGGGGCAGCGUUGCUGCGUUUGCGGUGAAGAGGUGGAUCGGAAGUCCUUUUGCAGAUUCUGUGAAAGUGAGUCUGCGGCCUUCCGAAGAUUCGGACUCAGCGCCUCAAGACGUGGAGUGCCACACGCGGGGCAGCGACUUAGUGAGCCUCGCCCCAGAACACCUGCAAACUUUUAAAGUGAGGUGCCCCAUGAACUGCACCUUCGCCGAGUUCGCCCUCACCGAGGGGGCGUCCAUACACCCCGCCGCCUCCUCCGUCUGCUCCGCUGCAGAGGCCGACGGCGUCGCCUCGCCUUCAGGUACGCGCUGCAGCAGCAGCAGCAGCAGCAGCAGCAGCGUAGCAGCGGCAGCAGCAGCAGCGUAG